CGCGACUCAGACACGGUCGAAAGCGGUUGAGUUUCUCUCUAAGCUCCGUGAAAGCGUGCGCGUUAAGUAGAAGAAGAAGAAGAGUGCGAAAGUUUUCCAGUGUUUCGCGAGUGUAUUCCAGGUCGGUGGUUCCGGAAGGGUUUGCACCGGUGGGAGUCCGGUUCCAGCUUGGCCGAGACCACGCCGGGAGUGACAUCGGAGACGCGGCCAGUGACGGAUUCAUCAAAUUCGGGGAGGUCCUCCUUGGUGUUUUGACAGUUCGACCUCAAGGCGGAGGAUUUUUCGUGCCAAGAAUACUAAAGGUGAACAGUAGAGAGCGUGUCGUGAAAAAAGGAGAAAUACCUUUUCCUGGUCAUCAUGACCAGGAGAAAGGGCCGGCCAGGGGUUGAUCCCCCGCGUUCGUCGAACGACGCCACGCUACCGGCCUACCUUGACCCCGAUGGGAGUCACGGGAAGCUUUACGUGAUGCUCAUGAAGGCCGCUGAGGACGGAAAGGUCCUUCCGUCGAACCCCUUCACACUGGCAAAGUCGAUCCAAUCCUCCGUCGGCACGGUGGCCGCUGCCUACCGGGGCAAGGAGGGGAACUUUGUGCUGAAGGUGCGAGGCGACGAAAAAGUAGCCAAACUGAAGAGGAUGACUGAGCUAAUCGAAGGGACCAAGAUCGUCGUGACGGAACACCCACGUCUCAACCAGUGCAAGGUGGUGGUGACGUGUCAUACGGUCAACGACCUCAGCGACGAGGAACUGAAGGCGGAGGAGGCACUUCAAGAUCAAGGGGUGCUAGACGUCAAGCGAUUCCGGAAGAACGGGAAACCGAUCUCGACCAUGAUCCUCACCAUCCGGGGGACGGCGGCGCCCGAAUGCAUCUACUUCGGGUAUGACCGAUGCUCAACAAAACCCUAUGCACAGGCACCGCUCCAGUGCUACAGGUGUUUCGAGUUUGGACAUCCGAAGGCCCGAUGCUCGGCACCUGAGGAGAUCUGUCGAAACUGCUCGAUGCCGCACGCCAUUGUGAAGGACGAACAAGGACGCACGAUCUGCCAGAAGCCAGCGUGGUGCCUGCACUGCAACGGCAAUCAUUCACCGACGAGCCGCCUCUGUGAACAAUACCAACAGGAGGAAGAGAUUGAGAAGAUCCGUGGCGAGGGCAAGUCCCCGCGUGAAGCACGGCGCAUUUUUGAGGAGCGCCGAACCCAGGAACAGAACAGCUACGCCGCGGUGGCCAAGAAGUCGGCGACCCAGGCGAGGCUGGAAGAACCCGCGAUUGAAGUGCUGCGAAAGGAGCUAGCCAACGCCCAGAAGGCGCUCAAGGAAGCACAGGAGGAAAUCGCCAAACUGAAGAAGAGAAAACCGGAACCCAAAAAACCUAACAAGGAAGAAAAGCAGACUAAGCCGGUCGAGGAAAAGCCGAUCAAGCCGGUCGACGAAGACUCCGACGAACAACAGCAGGAGGAAGUAAUGGAAACCGACGACGACGUCAGCAAGCGUUUCCGCACCGCCUCUGAAUCAAGCACGACCAGCAACAACCACAAAAGGAGGCACUCGGAGUCGAGCGCGUCGACCCUCGUCGACAGCAGCGACAGUACCGGGACUCCAGAGGUAACAGACGCACCCAUAACACAACCCCCCGAAACACCGAUCCCCCCAAAGCAACCGCCCCCCAAGAAGCCGAAAGGUCCGGGGAAUAAACAAAAACAAGGACAAUCGAACAAACAGAACAAGCAGUGAUGGCCAUCGUGCCAUCCACUGCGAGCUCUCAGGACGCUCCAAAAACCACCGAUGACGACAACAGCCCGAACUUGAACAACAACCAGCCGGUGCCGUCCACCUCUUGCCCUGCCCUCACAGACGGGGCAGUGGAU